CCUUACAGGAUUGAACUAAUUGAUUGUUGGUCUGUUUGUACAGCCUGCUGCAAAUGUAAGAGCUGUUUUUACAUGCCUUCUAGAUCAAGUUAGUAUAUACAUAACUGAAGGUCUUGAAAGAGCCAGAGACAGCCUUACCGAGGCUGCUGCUUUAAGGGAAAGAUUUGUGCUUGGAACUAGCGUUAGUCGAAGGGUAGCUGCUGGCUGCAGCCGCUUCUGCUGCAGAAGCAGCAGCUGCGGCUGGUGAAAGCAGUUUCAGAUCUUUCAUGGUUGCUGUGCAACGUUGUGGGAGCAGUGUGGCUAUUGUGCAGCAAUAUUUCGCGAACUCUAUAUCUCGGCUUUUACUACCUGUGGAUGGUGCGCAUGCUGCUUCCUGUGAAGAAAUGGCUACAGCUAUGUCAAGUGCUGAGGGUGCUGCUUAUAAGGGGCUUCAGCAGUGAAUUGAAACUGUUAUGGCAGAGGUGGAACGCAUACUUUCAACUGAACAAAAAGCCACAGAUUAUCGAUCACCUGAUGACGGCAUUGCCCCUGACCAUCGGCCAACACAAGCUUGUUCAAAAGUUGUCGCGUACCUUUCGCGGGUGCUUGAAUUGGCAUUCACAGCGCUGGAAGGGCUUAACAAACAAGCUUUCCUGGCUGAAUUGGGGAAUCGUUUACACAAAGGCUUGCUUAAUCAUUGGCAAAAAUUCACUUUUAAUGCAAGUGGAGGAUUGCAUUUAAAUAUGGGGAGUUUGUUCGUAGUUUCAAUGCCCCUUCUGUUGAUGAGAAAUUUGAACAGCUGGGCAUCAUGGCAAAUGUGUUUAUUGUUGCUUCAGAAAUUCUUUCCACACUGUUUGAGGGAACCCCGAGCAUUAGGAAAGAUGCACAAAGGUUCAUUCAGCUUCGGGAGGAUUACAAGAGUGCAAAGCUUGCAGCGAGACUCAGCUCCUUAUGGCCUAGCUCUAGUUAGAACCAAAAUCACAUGCUAAUUAGAGUUGAACUUUUAUUAUAGUGGUGAGCUGGACAGAGUGCAAUUGUAUUGUGAGAGCUUUUCCACCACCUCAUGCUGGCUGUCUAUUACCCGAGCUCAAUGGUAAAGAAACGUCGUUGAUCCAUUGUAAUUCAUCCUUGGAAGAAAUUAAUUUGGAGCCUCCUUUUGUGGAUAUCAAACAUUUAUUGUUUUCUCAAUAUCUACUGGUAUAUGUUUUGAAAUUAAAUAUGUACCAUGCAAUUUUUUUUGCUAACUGUGACAAGUCUCGUUAUGUGCUAGGUGUGCAGUUGUUGUAUUGUUAAAAGUAGAUAAAAGAUAUGUACCAGUUUUACUGUUAUAGAUACCGAUUGACUGAUUGUCCUA